AUGGCUACCGCAGCGCAUCAGUCCCGUUUCCAGUUCACUUUGUCUACUGGUGAUAGCCCAGCCAACGACAACGCCGAGUAUUACGAUCAGAUCACUGCCUUGUCCCAAGCUUUGAUCAACAGGAGCUUCCGCGACCUAUUUGAGAAUGCCGAAGGAGUCGCUAGAAUUGUCCACCCCAAGGAUAAAAAGGGCGAUAGAAUAUUUGGAGAACUUGAGGCGCCUACGAUUAUGUUGAUAGCGCACACUGAUGACGUGAAUCUAGCUUACUACCAGCUUCGUAUCAAGUCGGCCAAUGUUGUCUUUCGCAACGGCCAGACGCGCACUCUUUCUCAAUGGGUUCUCACUAUCAAAGUAAACCUUGGCCAAGUGUCUUUAGAUAUUCAACCAUCAGAUAACGAGGUAACACGUAAGAGCAAGGAGUAUUGGAAGCAGGAUGUUGCCAAGAGGUACCCAGGCUUCGUAGUCGGCGACUAUCGCGUUCAGCGCAUCUUUGCCAACUUUGCUGCUGCGCAAUGGGACACGCCCGUGCAGCACUUGAGCACUUGUUUCGACCCCAAAACCAAAACAACCAUCACCCUCCAGGAAUGGCAGGACCGACCUGAGAACUCCGACUACUUCCAUCGUAUCAUGCAACUCAUUGGGGAUUGGGCUAAAACCGAUGCUCAUGAUGGUCUAUCAACCCUGGGCAUCAAGUUUUCUUUACAUCAGGAAGCCAACAAAGUCCCUCCGGCAACAUUCAAGCCUAUGCUGCGUCAUGUCCAGGUCUAUCCUUACAAAGACCAUAGGCACCCAAAGCCCAUAACGAGUAUCGGAGAUUGCUCACGUGCGACUCAAGCUGCGCCUUACGGAGAUCUCGUGUUUGGGGAUUUCAACUGCUUGAUGUUUUGUGAAAACGUGGAUACGAGCUGGGACAUACCAGGAAGGUCUAUCAAUCCCAUAAUCCGCCCCCUCCCCCAAGUAAAGAAAAUGGGUCACUCAUGCAAUCUGGCAUUUCCCGUGUCAGAAGAUAGUCUGAAGGUUCCGGAUUCGUUAGGCACCUUUGCUAUGGAUUAUAGGGUCGUUAUGAAUCGCUAUCUACUCCCUACGCUUGAGGAUCUGUGUCGCGCCACUGUGGUCAAAAUAAACAAUCCCGAGCGCAAGAUAGCAGCACCUGAGAUAUCAUUCCAACCACGGUAUACCAUCGGCUCUCCACCCCCCGAGCGGCAAUUGAAUAGCUCACGUCAUGGUGGCAUCGAGUUUACGAAGAUCUCAGACUGCAAUUAUCGAUGGGGAUUUGAUGACAACAAAGGGGAGAAGGGACAUCUUUUCACAGAUGGUCCAUACAGUAUUCUCCGAGAUAGGUAUAACUCUUAUCAAAUCGAUACUAAAUCUGCAGUCGAGGUCCAGUGGUCUCCUGGAGGGUCUGCCAUGGGUAUCUCAGCUUCCAUCUUAUAUAAGUACGAUUGUACUUUCGCGGAUAACAAGGACAUGACCGGACAUGUGGAUAGUGUGAAGUAUGAGGUCAAUGCUAAGUCGGCCUUCAGCCUGGAACUACAACUUGCUAAUGCUGCCAUAAUACCCAAGGUCAAGGGCAUCAGCAGAACAGACUUUGCAAAGAUAAAAGACGGCUCCAUUAGUAGUCCAGAUGAACUCAACACUGUCUCCGAUGGCGGCCUUGACGUGUCAGAGUCUAUCAAUAGUUCGACAGCAACAGGUAAAGGGGCCGAUGGCAGUAGUUCUGUCUUGAUGCGAGAUCUCGAGACGUCACUGAGGGCAGCCAUUGCUAGGUUCACUCAACGAAUCAAUGAUCAUUUCAAUAGCAGAGGGCAUUUAGUGCUUCCUGGGUAUGGGAAUCUGCAGAUGAAGAACCCUAGAUUCACCAAGCUCGGUGGUAUCGUGGCAGACUUCGAUUUCAAGUCAACGGCGCCUGAUGGGGUAAUCUCGUUUCCCAACUCCCCUGAAAACCCUGACUCGGGUGAUGAACGAUUAGGUCAACCAAAAACACCAACGGGUGUUCCUGGGCCGAAAGACGAGAACUCGCUUAAGCUCAAUUGGGAUUUGAAAGUGUCCUAUAACCAAGCAACAAAAAUUGCUCGACUGUCAUUGAGUGCCCAAAACAACAAGAAAGAAGAUUUAAGCUUCCAUUUUAUUCGCAUCAGCUUACUGACAUCGGCUUCUACCAAGACACGCCCGUUUGAUGAUACUGAUUGGAAUCGCUCGCCCGAUGAGAAGGCACUGGACAUACUCUUUUCACAUGGUGAAUAUUUAUACUCUGCCCCAAGUGAGCGUCAUUCUGGAGAGUCCUUGUCGGAGAUUCAGCUACAGGGCAACGUUUACAAACUUAGUAAAGGAACUGGGUGGCCCACCAACUUGCCUCCUCUUGAAGUCACAAUUAAGACUGAGAGAUCAGCUGGAGAGAUGCAGGCUUCUGUGCACGGUCUAAAUGGUACCCAUUUUAAAGUGCCAAGGGACCAGGAACUCAGUCUCGUGCUGCAGGGUGACAUCCAGGAGUUGGGACGAUACAAGAUUAAAAUCGCCGAAUCUUGGAAAAAAGUUCCAGGUUUGAAGUUUGGGGGAGAAGGGACUGCGAUAAGCUACAAGGACAUCUACAUUCAGCCAUGA